UUUUUCAGGGAAAAGAAAAAUGAAGAGGAAAAAAUAUAAAUAUAAUAUACAAGUAAACUAAUAUAUACAAGUCCGUUAAUCCAUAUCAUAUCACCUUGACCAUUAUACAGUUUGGUUUUUAUAUGAGUAUAGUUUAUAUAUUGAGUUAUUGUACUUCAUGUGCCUGAUCUGAUUCAUAUUAUAAUAUCUCGUCCUCCUCCUUGCUUGCUUGAAAGAUCAUCAACAAAGAUUUAUACACUACAGAAGAAGAAAAAAAUAAUUCAUCAAAGGGAAGUCAAUCAUCAAACCAUGAUGAAGAAGAAGAAACAGAGCAGAUCCCAAUCUUCAGACAAUAAAGAUCCCAAGAAAACUCUUGAACCAUCCUCAGAUUCUUCACCCUCACCUAGGCUCCUCUCCAUUUUCCGUUCUAAGUUGGCAAGUGGUAAAGAUUUGAAGCAUAUGUUCAGAGGCAUGAGGAGUAAAACCGCGCCGGGGUUGUCUUCUCAGUCUAGAAUCGUGAGAUGUCCUAAGUGCCAUAAGCUUCUCCAAGAACCUAUAGAUGCAACUACUUACAAAUGCAGUGGAUGCAACUCGAUUCUCCAAGCGAAACGUUGGGAACUUGAAAGCAAUGUUAACUCUAUUCCAGAGGCUCUCCUUUCUAAUCAAAACCGUAGUUUAAGUACCGAGGUAGAAUCUGCAGAAGGUGGUAGUAAAACUCCAAUGAGGAGUACUCACAAUUCGAGAGCAUCCCCUUAUGUUAACAAGCAUGAGACAUCCGAUAUACGGAGAGAAUGGAUGAGAAGAGCUGAUGAUUUCAGUGAGAACCGUGAGUCUGAUGUGUUUGCUUCAACAAGAAGGUCUCCUUAUAACUCACGCAGCAAUGUCUCUGAGUGGACACAGCACGAGAGGAGAUAUGAAGAGCCAGCUCCUCAUCAGGUUCCUUUCUAUCCAGCAAGUCCUUCCCCUUCAUCUGCAUAUGAUUACGGCUACAGUAGUAGUCCUUUUCACGGGUCUCAAGCUUCUGCAUCCGAGCAGUCUUAUUAUCAUCAACACCAUCAACCAAACCAAUUCAAGCAAUACGGAAGAGAAGGCUGGCUUCAAGAAUCUUCUGCUGCUUCACCGGUUCGUUUUCCGGGUGAGACAUCUGAUGGAAAGUACAAUCACUGGUCUUCUUCUCAGUCUCAGGCGCAUGAUCAUAAUCUAUAUGAGUCCAGCAGCUAUGCGACACCGCAUCGCUCUAUGUACUCUGAGCGUAGUUAUCAAGCAGAUAUAGCGCCACUUCGCUCUACGAGUGAGACAAGCAGUGAGAAGAGCUCUCUUAGGGACAAAAAAGAGUAUGUCCGAAAGAGGAAUCAUGUGGUGAAACGCUAUGUUCUUCCUUCGGCUGGUGGAGCGCCUUUUGCAACUUGUUCAUACUGUUUGGAACUUCUACAGCUUCCUCAGGUGUCUCUCCACGGGAAACAUAAGAGAUAUCAAGUGAGGUGUGGCAGUUGUUCCGGUGUGCUUAAGUUUUCUUCUGUUCGAGAGAAAGCAGAUACUGUCCUCGAUUCACCUAGCUUUGUGGCUUCCGGUACAGGAUUUGCUGAUGAGAGUAUUACUCGUAAUAAUCAGGAUUCAGCUUCAGAAGAUGAUUGUCGUCUGUCGAGUUCAGACAACGGCUCUGGAGAUAGAAUCUGCAAAAGCAACGAUGCUGUUAUCUUGAGGCAGAACCUGGAAACAUUUGAGGACAUUAAAGAAGACAUGAUAAGGAGCAUAUCAAGCGAAUUUUUAGAUUUGAAGUUGGAGGCGUUGCAGCCUCAGUGGAAGCCUUCGCUGAACCAGAAGCUACGGGAACAACAACCUGCAUCAAGUGACACCAUUGGAGAGACUUCAAGGAUUCAUCUAGAGGAAGCUCAAUCAAAGAAGUCGACCGAGGUGGAUGAUAACGUUUUCGAAAGAGUCGGUUGCGAUUUAGAGGAAUCUGAAAAUGAGAUGAAUGAGAUUCUUACGCCAGAAGAGAUGUUCGGGGAUGGAUCAGGGGAGUUCUUGGUUCCAGUAUACAAGAACGAAAGGAUGAGUGAAUUAAGUGAAGACGCUGAAAGAGUUGCAGAGAGAUCGGUAUCUCAUAGAGUGGAACCUCUAUACAAGGACGAACUCAUCUGUGAAACACGCGUACUGACUGAGAAUGCUAGAGAUUCUCACGAGUUUGAUUGGGAGGAGACUCGAGAAUAUGGAGGUGAAAGUACAUUGGAAGAGAUCAUGGGGGACAAACCGGAGUUGCAUUUGGAGAGAUCUCAGUACAUUGGAGAUUCUGUCAGUGACAGCAACUCAAGCUAUGGUGAAACAUGUGAGGAUACAUCAGUGAAGGAAGAUACGGAACAUAUAUCAAACACAUAUUCAGAUGCGAUGUCAGCUACACCACAGUCUCCCCUGAAACCUUUGGUGAACGAUAUACGACAUCCUGAACAAUCAGGAGAAGCUACAUUUACAGUAUCGCGGAUCCAUGAGGAGCAGUCCAAGUAUGAUGAAUAUGAGAACAUAAGUGAAAGACAAGAGUUGGAUAAGGCCAUCAGUGACAGAGUCAGGUGUGAUUUAGAGGAGUCUACUAGAUACGAGACAAAUGAAACUCUUGAUUCGGGCAAUGUAAGCGAAGAUGGAUCUGUUGUUUCUCUCAAGAAGGCGAGUGAAACAUUCAAAACAAACAUAGAAGCUGAGACAGGUGAAGAGAGAUUGGUAUCUCAUCAAAUAGAUAUUCCAAGAGAGAAUGUAGAAAAUUCAUAUGAAAGACUCGAACCACUUUAUUUACAAGGAAGCGUGUAUGCAGGUGAAAGAACAUGGGGAGAGACAAUGGGAGAUAGAGCAGCGUUACAUUUGGAGGAAUAUGAAAGCAACUACCAUAAUUACAGAAAACCAUUUGAAUGGACUUCAGAAGGAGCUCAAAUGCAUGAGUAUGAGCUAGGGACAAUACUUGAACCAGAGGAGGACGCUCAAGGAAGAUCAGAAUCCAAUUCAAGGGGAUCCUUCAAUGACCAUGAAAAAUCAGGAGAGAGUGCUGUGUCUGAAGAUGCUAAACCAGAUCGGUCCCAGUAUGAGUAUGAGAACUCAAGCGAAAGACAAGAGUUGAGUAACACCGUUUUUGACAUAGUAAGGUCUGAGUUUCAGGAGUGUAGAUACGAGUCACAUGAAACGUUUGAGCCAAGCAAGAUGGUCGGAGUAGGAUCUGCUGUUUCUCUUGAGAAGGCGAGCGAAACAUUCAUAGGCGAGACAGGCGCAGAAGAGCGGUCGGUAUCUCAUCAAAUGGCGCCACAAAACAAGAAUGUGGAAAUCUCCUACAGAACAGAUGAACCAGUUUAUCUGGAAGAAAGCGGAUGUGCAAGUGAAAGAGCAUGGGCAGAGACAACAGGAGAUGAAGCCGGGUUGCAGUUGAAGGAAUAUCAAAGCAAUCCACAUGAAUGGACUUCAGAAAGAGCUCCAACAUUUCGUCUGAAUGAGUAUGAACUAGGGACAGUGCCUGAAGCAGAAGAGGAUGCGAAUGGAAGAUCAAUAUCAAGUUCAACAGAUUCCUUCAAUGACCAUGAAAGUUCAAAAGAGAGAGAUGUGGCUCAUGAGGAGGAGGAAGAGUCUUGGCUGGUGGAUGAGAACAAAACCGAAGAGCUCACAGUUGGUGGUGUAAUGAUGGAAGACAGGCCAUCACUGCACUUGGAAGAGUGUGGAAAUGAAUCAACGAAAUCGGAAGAGACAUUUGAAUGGACAGAAAGAACUCCAACGUUUCUUCUGCAUGAGUCUGAGCUAGGUACAAUGCUUGAACCAGACGAGGAUGCUGAUGGAAGAUUGGAAUCCAGUUCAACGGGUUCCUUCAAUAACUAUGAAACUAAAAAAGUGAGAGCAGUGUUUCACGAGGAGGAGCUACAAGUACGCGAAAUGGCAGAAGAUAGAGCAUCCCUGGACUUGGAUAAGUGUGAAAAUGAAUCAAUAAAAUCGGAAGAGACAUUCGAAUGGACUUCAGAAAGAGCUCCAACAUUCCGUCUGCAUGAGUAUGAGUUAGGUACAAUGCUUGAACCAAACAAUCAUGCUGAUGGAAGAUCAGAAACUAGUUCAAGGGGUUCCUUCAAGGACCAUGAAAUUUCAAAAGAAAGAGAGAUGAAUCAUGAGGAGGAGCCCAGGCUGGUGACUGAUAGCAGAACCGAAGCGCAACAAGUAGGCGAAAUGGCAAAAGAUACGGUAUCACUGCAUUUAGAGGAGUUCGAAAAUGAAUCAAUGAAACUGGAUGAGACAUUUGUGUGGACUUCAGGGAGAGCUUUAACGUUUCGUUGCCGUGAGUAUGAGUUAGGGACAAUGCUUGAACAAGACGAGGAUGCCGAUGGAAGAUCAGAAUCUAGCUUAAGUGGCUCAAAAGAAAGAUCAGGCGUAAUGGCGGAAGAUGGAUCAUCACUGCACUUGGAGAGGUGUGAAAAUGAAAAAAUGGUAUCAGACCAGGCACUUGAAGCAAGGGAUGAUAUAUUCAGACUCAGUCUUGAUGACACGUUUGAGUCAGAGAGGAUGACGUUUCAUUUGGAGAUGUCACAAGACAAGCAAGAGAAUCUAAGGCAUUCCUCUAAACAAGGUGAGGCUGAAGAAGAGAGACCAGAGUUUGGUUCAAGGGUAUCUUCAGAGGAGACAAUGGCAGAGCAUUUAGAGGAUUUGCAGGAAGAGAAGGAGAAGUCAGGACUAACCUCUGAACCAUACGCUCAGUUUUAUACCGCAACGGAGCCCUGUGAGAUUGUGGGUUUGCGUCAUGCGUUAUAUCAAACGCAAACAUCACCUCUACGGUCACCUCUCAGUUCACCAAUUCAUACUCCCAUUGGUUCCCCAUUGCAUUACCUGAUGGGUUCACAAAUGCGUUCACCAAUGCAUUCCCACAUAGUUUCACCGCUGCGUUCUCCCAUCAACACAUCUGGAUCACUCUCUGAUGUAUUGUUCUUCGGCAAGAAAGCUUGA